CCCUGACUGCCGCCGCCGCUACCACCGUCGCCGUCGCUACCACCACCGCCGCCGCUGCCCUUGCUGCGCCGCCGCUGCCCUUGCUGCGCCGCCGCUGCCCUGGCCGUGACCGUGACCACCGCCGCUGUCGCCGCACCGUGGCCGUGACCGUGACCGCCGCCGCUGCCCUUGCUGCCCCGCCGUGGCUGUGACCGCUGCUGCGUCGCUGGUGUCGUGACUGUCGACGCCAACGUCUCUGCUGACGCCUCCGCCGCCGCCGACGUCCGACCACCGACGCCGACGUCCGCCGCCGUCGCCUCUUCUCGGCGCGCGCUGCCAAGCGCGGCCCUCUGCUUCCGCCGCGUCCUGCUGCUUCCGCAGCUCCCGCCCUUCCGCCGUUGAUCCCCGACUGCGUCAUCUCACCUCUUCUCUCGGUUGCUGUUGUGUGUGUUCUUUGGCAGCCACUUCUACCUCGUGAUCAUGGCUGACUCGUCUUCUUCUUCAGUCAACACUACUCUGCCUGAUGUUGUGUCUGCGCGGACUGAUCAUGUACCGGUUCAGGUUACCACCAUUCAACUUACCAAGGAGAACUAUUCCCGAUGGUCUGCUGCGAUUACCAUGGGGAUUGCUGGGCGAGGACGCAUUGCCUAUGUGAAUGGGAGAAAGGUUGAACCUGCUGCAGAUAGUCUGGCUUGGGAUACAUGGUUUCUUGAAGACAACCAGGUCAAAACCUGGAUUGUCAAUUCAGUGUCCCCGGAUAUCCAACCCCUCAUUCUUCGUAAGAAGACUGCAAGGGAUAUGUGGAUUAUUUUGGAGCAGAUGUAUGGCCAAAAGAAAAGGAAAGUUCGUGUGUAUCAACUUAUGAAGGAUGUGUAUUCCCUGCGACAAGGUGCUCUCUCGGUUGCAGACUUUUAUGCAGCAUUAAAAUCUAAGUGGGAGGACCUUGACUAUCACUCUGAUAUUCCAUAGAGGUGUCCUCACGACCAGAUGCAGUACAUGACUGAUAAAUGGGAAAACAGGGUAUUCCUUUUCUUAUCUGGACUGAAUGAUGACUUUGAAAAUAUAAGGGGUCAGAUUCUUAACUCUGACGAAUCAUUUAGUAUUGAAGAUGUCUAUUCCCGUGUUGAAGCUGAAGAACAGAGAAGGCUGCUCUCUAGUGGACGAAAGGGGGAAGAACAGUCUGCCUAUGUUAGCCGUGCCCCUGUUGGAACUCCUCGUUCUUCCCGAAAAUGUACUCAUUGCAAAAAACUUGGUCAUACUAGGGAUUUUUGUUGGGACCUGUAUCCAGAGAAGAAGGAUAGUAGGGGGAGGUCUUCGAGUGGGAAGAAGCCUGUAUCGUCUGCAACAAGUCUGAGUGAUGGGAAAGGUUCUAUUUCUGCAGAGCAGAUUCGUGAGCUACGAGCAUAUUUGAGCAAGAUUGAUGUUGGUCAGGCAGAUACACCAGAUGAGGUGAAGAUCAAUCAGGCAUUGGCUGUUUCAGGGGGAGAAGGACUUGGUGACAGGGAAGAGGAUUGGGAUUGGUUUGGUGUCUGAUGGGCUGUAUCGGCUUCCUAUACGCGUUGUCACAGCUCUUAUGUCAGCAGUCUGCAGAACAGAGAAGAAGGAGGAA